CCUGACCAGUCUACAAUCUCCGCAACCACCCUAAAUAAGAGGCACAAUUGACUAGUGGAUGACGACAGGCUUCCAGGAACCAAAAUGCAUUGUGGGGGCCUGCUAGGCAGAAGUGGUGUGCAAAUGGGGGUGACCAAAAUUGGAGGCCUUAUAACGACAGAGGUCAGGUGUUUCUCAGCCUGUUUGACAGCAUUUCACAUUGUUCAAUCAAGAAAGUCAGGCAGCCUCUCCUCUUAUUCCUCCAUUUCCUCCUCCACGAGGCAUCAGUCGCCGAGAAGCAUCAAUACCACUACAGCCAGUCGGAACACUGCAUUGUCACCUGCAGCCAAUCGCAGUACGCCAUCCUACAGUUACAUCAUAGUUGGAGCGGGGUCAGCGGGUUGUGUCCUGGCCAACCGACUCACAGAGGAUGCCCAUGAGUCUGUGCUGCUGCUGGAGGCAGGGCCAAAAGACAUGUUGCUUGGCAGCUCACGAUUGUCAUGGAAGAUCCACAUGCCAGCUGCGUUGACCUAUAACCUCUGUAAUGACAAAUACAACUGGUACUACCACACCUUACCUCAGGCCCACAUGGACAACAGGGUUAUGUACUGGCCAAGGGGUCGUCUUUGGGGCGGGUCUUCUUCGCUCAAUGCUAUGGUGUACAUCCGCGGUCACGGCGAAGACUACAACCGCUGGCAAAGAGAGGGAGCCGAGGGCUGGGAUUAUGAACACUGCCUUCCUUACUUUAGGAAGGCCCAGUGCCAUGAACAAGGAGAGGACAGGUACCGAGGGGGAAGUGGACCUCUUCAUGUGUCCAGAGGGAGGACAAAUCACCCCCUACACAAGGCUUUCAUAGAGGCAGGCCAACAGGCAGGGUACCCCUUCACCGAUGACAUGAAUGGAUACCAACAGGAAGGCCUUGGGUGGAUGGACAUGACCAUUUACAAAGGGAAGAGGUGGAGUACAGCCAGUGCUUACUUGAGACCGGUUCUGGGUCGAUCCAACCUGAAGACGGAGGUGCACUGUUUGACCACUAAGAUUCUGUUUGAUGGGAAUCGAGCCAUGGGUGUAGAAUAUACACAGGGAGGACAGAAAAAGAAGGUGUUUGCAGAUAAAGAAGUGAUAUUGAGUGGUGGAGCCAUCAAUUCCCCUCAGCUUCUCAUGCUUUCUGGUGUGGGGAAUGCUGAUGACCUCAACAAGCUGGACAUCCCUGUCAUCCAACACUUACCAGGGGUUGGCCGUAACCUUCAGGACCACUUGGAGCUGUAUGUGCAGCAGCAGUGUACUCAGCCCAUCACUCUGUACAAAGCACAGAAACCCUUCCAUAUGGUCAAGAUAGGACUGGAGUGGCUCACUCAAUUCACCGGCUACGGAGCGACUGCCCACUUGGAGAGCGGAGGGUUCAUUCGGAGCCGGCCAGGCGUCACACACCCUGACAUCCAGUUCCACUUCUUGCCCUCACAGGUCAUUGACCAUGGACGAGUUGCCUCCAAAAUAGAGGCUUACCAGGUUCACGUUGGACCAAUGAGAAGCACCAGUGUUGGUUGGAUGAAGCUCAAGAGUGCCAACCCUCUCGAUCACCCCAUUCUCCAGCCAAACUACCUCUCCUCUGAUAUCGAUGUGUGGGAGUUUAGAGAGUGUGUCAAACUCUCCAGAGAGAUAUUUGCUCAGAAGGCCUUCGACCCGUUCCGCGGUCCUGAGGUCCAGCCCGGUCCAGGGGUCCAGUCAGACGCAGAGAUUGACGCCUUUGUCCGUCGGAAGGCCGACAGCGCUUACCACCCCUCCUGCACCUGUAAGAUGGGCUCUUCCUCUGACCCAAUGGCGGUCGUCAACUCGAGCACCUGUGUCCUGGGUGUCGAACGGCUCCGGGUUGUUGACGCCUCCAUUAUGCCCAGCGUUGUCAGCGGUAACCUCAACGCACCAACCAUCAUGAUGGCAGAGAAGGCCGCUGACAUCAUCAGAGGUCGUCCCACGCUCGUUGACCGAGGGGUACCAGUGUACCGUCCAGCGACGCUCGAGACGCAGAGAUGAGGGGGGUGGGGCAUGCCCUGGAAGGAAGCCAUUUUAUGAAGGAAUGAGUUAAAAAUUGGCAUCCCUUCUGUUUUUGCACAAAUUAUCACACGUAACUCCUCACAAUACAUUUAAGGAAAAAAUAUAUAUAGGGGAAACACUACUUUACCUGCCUUCUGAUGUUAUUGUUAAAGUCGAACAAAGUGCACUAGGUGUGUUGGACCACUUCUUUGUGUGUUUAUGCGCAACAUUGCUAUUACAGUGCUGAUUUUAUUCUCAUAUCAACCACAGAAAAGGAGAACGUGAGAAACUGAAUGAAUUGGCUGUGAAAGUCAUGAAUGCCUGUGGGGAUUUAGUGGUGCAGUGCUGUUGUGUCUUGACAGCAGCCAGGCAAGUUCAUCUCAAAGGUUUCUGUGAAUAAUGAUGUUUGAAACCUAAUAGAAAUAUACAGUUAUUUUUAAUCGAUGAAAUGAUCAGCGUUAUGACAGUGCUUAGUCCUAGUAUGUAUUAAUUGUAAAGGUCCCCCCUAUUAUUUAACAUUGCUAUUGUGUGUUUACAAUACAUAACAGUGGGUGAUCCUUCCCUUCCCUUAGGAGCUUGACAGUAUUUGAAGGUCCUGAACGAGUCCUCCCCGAAUUAUUCGAUCAAGGGCUUCCAUUUGUAAAACUGAUUAGCUGUAGACAUAAAAUAUACAGCUUAAUGAAAUAAUCCAGUUAGUCAAUUUAAUAGUUCAACAUGUUAGUUUAGGAAAACUGGCAUUAGAAUGGUUUAAACCACACACGAUAUUCAGUGUCUUGUCGUGUAAAAGGAUAUUGUAGCCAUUUUGUCACUGGAACUGGAUUAUCUCCUCGGGUGUUGGAAGGGAGCAUUUAUUCUGUCAUUGCGCAUGAUGCAAAGUUGCAUCUGUCUUUGAUGUGGUCCACGAUAAACGCUAAUGAACUAAUUAAUGAAUAAUUAAUGAAUGCUAAUGAAUUUAUUAAUGAUUUAGCAUCAGUUUGCCCGACAUAAGUAUGUUUCUCGCAAAAUGCAGUUAAGACUAAUCCAUGUCCAACUGUGAGUGUCCUGCAUGACAAGGAUGUGGUUAUCUUAGGCGUGUCUCCAGACUUUCAGUCUACAGUUUGCCCGCUACACUGACACGCCAUUAAGGUGAAACUCCUGAAUCACAGUAUAAUUUGCUGUCUGAGAGGUGAGAAAUGUCCGUCUGCCAAGGCACAACUGCUUGACUGGGUGACCAAUCUUUUUGAGGCAAAUUUACGUCAGUCUCAACAUGAACAGGCAUAAACUGUAUAUUAAAACGAAACACACACACACAAUAGCCUUGAUUUUUGCUAGAGAUGUCAUGUCCUUUGCUUGACAUUAUGAUCUGUGUAUGAUAAGCGAGUCAAAACAAGUACUUCAGAAGGGUCACAGGCAAGUUGGAGGAUGAAUAGAGGAAAACGUUGUUAUUCUUGGACUUUAUACAGUGGAAGCUGUCCUCCUCAGAUGCUUUCUUGUUGUCCAUCACUAGUCAAAUGCCUUGAGGAAACGACACAAAAUAGUCAGCGUCUAGUUGUAUAAAAGGAUAUUAUAGAUAAUGUUUUUCACUGGAACUGGUGUUGAAGGGAGCAUUUAUCCUGUCGUUGCCAGCGCCACUUCUGGUCCAAAAUAAAAACACACACAAUAGCCAUAAUUAACUAUUCUUUGAGAUGUCAUGUGAUUUGGCUGAGGGUACAAUCUGUUCAGUACAAGCGAGUCAAAACAAAUCCUUUAUGAGAAUUAGACGGGGUGAGCGGUAAGCUGGAGGAGUGAUUUGGAUUGAGUCUUCAUCAUGACAUCAGCUUUUGUAUGGCAGUAUUGGCAUAUGCACCUUAGGAGUAUUCCUUUAUUUUGUGUCCUACUUUUUUACUUGACCUGACAGUCAGUGUGCCAAAAGUACAGUCAAUAACUUGGUAUAUCAGUUAUGUAAUUAUAAUAAUUAUAAUUCUAAAAACAGUCACUUAGAUGGAAGGAUGCAUACCUGCAUUUUUGCUAUGAAAUUUAAUACGUUUUCCUAAACGGACAUGUUUACGAAUGAAUUUUUUUUUAUAAUUGUUUGACAAAAUUAAUGAUAAUACUUUUAAGUAGUCUGUAAAAUGACAGUAAUCUUAAUCCUCUUUUAUAAUGUAUGAUCAUAUGAAUUACACAGGUUGCCCAUUAGGUGUUGAUUUUGUCAUGUAUCAGUGGAUUUGAUUCAGCCAGAAUGAAGAAACGUGAAGUUCACCGCGCAGCCUUACAUGAGGUAUUGAUUUGAAUGUUAUUUCUUAUGACCAGUAUGAACACAAAGCUAGUCGGUAUAUUUCCUGCAGGACCAGCGACACGUCCUCAUAAGGCCUACUGGCCAAACUAAGUCUGCAGUCUGUGUGUGGGAGAUGAAGUGAGGUCUUCAAGAUAACGCUGCACUAUAAACAUUUUAUAUCGGUUGCAGUAUUAUUGCAGUAAUCAUUCAUAUUGCAUGCACUGUUAGUUAUGGAGUUUCCAUCUUCAGAUGAAGAGCUUUGCUGUGGUGUCGAGGUUAUCUGUGUACUGAUGUCAGACAGCGGUCGUACUUGGAUCAAAAAGGGGAAAUUACAGCGGAAAUUCACAACGUUUGCUCUUUUUUUUCUCCUGUAUGGAUCACGUUAAGAUUUAACGUGAACACUCGAUCUUAUCCUCUGUGAAUUUAUUUGGUAGAGAUCAUUACAAAAAAGAAAGAAAAAAAAUCAGCAGUUUCAUUGUAAAUCCAGGCAAAUAUUCAUGACAGUUGAAAUGUACAAAACAGGGUUGUUUUCUUUUUCCAUCGGUACAAAAAUCUAAAAGGUACUAAUAGUUAUGCUACAAAGUAGAGUGAGCUCAUUUUUUUUCUUUAGUUAUUGAAACAACAAAUGGAUAGAAAGCAGACAAUGUUCAAGUUCGUUCAUCACAAACAUUUUUCAUUCACAAAUUCUGUACAAAUUUUAUACAAUAUUGUCGUUGACAUAUCUUACCUCAAUAUCUGUAAAACUGGUACAGUACAAAAAAAUAAAGCUGUGAAUUGCACAUAGAGUAAAACAAAGCUUCUCUCCUUUUCAGUCGUCGUGUUUUUGCUAUGAUAGUGAACAGACAGAUAAACUUCUACAGUGUGUUUCCAUACAUGUGAUGUCCAGCGCAAGAAAAGACCGUUUUCCUCUCAAGACUUCACCGCCACACUUGUGACACGCUACGGUGCCAUAAAAGAUGCACACAAAUGUUAAAGAGAUAAAAGCAAAGCUCUUCCAAUGUAGGGAGAUCUUAGUCGACCUGGUUUGGAGCUUCAGCAUGAAAAACCUUGAAACCAUUGAGGUUGAGACAAAUU